AGCUUCCUCCUGUGCUUUUGUUUUGUGUUUUAUCAUUAAUGUAUAUAAACGUACCUUAUGUAUUACAGAUGGCAAUGGAUUUCAACAUUGUCGUCAUCAUAAUAUGUAGCUUCAUAUUGUAUGUGUAUCAGGUAAAAUGUCUGGAAGAAGAGAAUGAGUCUUUGGAGGCUCAGAUUAUUGUGAUGGAAGAGAAAUUAGCAGCCAAACCAAUCCCCUCUAGAUCCAACAGUCUCGACUGCCCUUCAGACUUCAGCCUGGAGGCCGUGGUUGAGAGACCACGCAGAGAGGUGGUAUUUAAACAUACCAGCACUAGACAUACCAAAUAUUUGUCAUUUACACAUCAGAUCAGCGGAUAUUCAUGGUUUAUGUACAUAAAGUAUGGGCCAGUAAUACAACACAUUAUAGACAACUAAGAUAUUGUAUCUUAACCUGUGCAUUCAUCUUCAGCUGUAGUCUACUUCAGUAGCAUUUUAGGAAGCAUUCACAUAGUUAUGAAACUAAGAUAUGUAUAUUUGUCCUUCACUGAAGUAGUAAAUGCAGUCAGGCAGCAUUCAUUUCGAAACUAUGCCUUAUAUGGUACUCUCUUCUCUAUUACAGAUGGCAAUGGAGUUCAACAGUAUUGCCAUGGCCGGAUUGUUUCUCCUGUGUGAAACAUUUCGCUUCUGAUACCAUUCCUAUAGUUAGUUUGUGAGAGAACCCUCAUGUGUGUGUGACAUUCUCAACCAAGCAGUGUAUAAAGUCUCCAGGCUGAAGCAGUAGCCACCAAUUUGCCCAGCUAUUGUGUAGCUUUGGUGCAGCCAUGGCCAUGCUGAGAGUGUCCUCGUAUCGCAAACUGUUUGAGGAGCAGCACCAGAGAUCAGCUACAUGGCUCAGUCAGCGCUGUGGAACCCAGAUCCUCCCAUCUUCCGCCAGGGGUGGAGUUUCCAUGAUCGCCUCUCCUGAACCGGACUUCGCUGCAGCUCGGGCGUUAAACAGGGAGGGUCUGAUGCGUUUCUCCCAGGAGCGCUCCAUAAUCGCCACCCUCAAUGAUCGCCUGGCGGUCCUUAUCGACAUGGUACGAUGUCUGGAAGAAGAGAAUGAGUCUUUGGAGGCUCAGAUUAUUGAGCUGGAAGAGAGAUUGGCAGCCAAACCAAGCCCCUCAAGCUCUGUCAGUCUCGACUGCCCUUCAGACUUCAGCCUGAAGGCCAUAAUUGAGAGACUGCGCAGAGAGAAGGAUGAGAUUUUGUGUCACAAAGAGGAGCUGACAAAAGACCUGCAUCAUAUAAAAAUAAAGUAUGAUGAGGUCGUGGAGCAACGGACUCGCCUCCAACUGGAGCGCAGGGAUGUUGCCGUGGAAGUGGACACAGUGACUGCUGACUGCUUGGCACUCAGAGAACAAGCGGCAAUCUUUGAGGAGCAGUUAGCUGCCAUGGAGCAACAGCAUGAGCUGAGGAUCGAGAGUCUGUGUGAGCCUACGGCUGAAGAUCGGGAUGAUCCAACUGUGUCUCUGCAAUUCCCCACCAUCGACCUCACUCCAGCCAUCACGGUUAUCAAGGACUACUACUGCCAGCUGGCUGAAAGCCUAAAGUUUGAGUCCGGGGCUGUUGCGAUUGCCAGAGGAGAAGAGAAGGGGAGGAACUUGGAAAAACAUACUGGAGGGAAGGUUAAGGAUUAUUCUGAGGUGAUGGAUGUGAAAGGUCUGAAGGAGCUGAUUGUUAAGCUGCAAAAGGAGCUCGCUGAGCUGGAGGCAUGUGGUGAGGAACUGGGGGCAGAGAUUGAAGCAAAAAAACAGGCUCAUUUGCUGGAGAUAGAGGAGCUGGAAAACUGCAUCUGCCGGCUGGAGAAAGAGGAGGCUGACUUACAAGCACAGAUGAAGGAACAGAUGGGAGACUACGAGGAACUGCUCAAUGAGAAGAUGGCACUGGACAUAGAAAUUGAAGCCUAUAGGGCUUUGGUGGCGGUAGAGGAGCAGAGACUGUGCUACCCGUGAAACAGAGAGGCCCAGAAACAUAUGAUAUCUUUAUCAUAUUGCUGCUGAACUAAUACACACUUACACAGUUGCACGUAUAAAAGGUGUCUGUAUCUUGUAUCUACUCUCAUCUAAUCUCAUCAUAUAAUCAAGUAUACAUACGGAGUAGGUGUAUUUUAAAGGUAAACCAUUUCUCAAUGGCUUAUCAUGAAACUUGCAUGAUACUCCUGGAUAUGGAUAUAAUCAUUUUUAAUGUUGCAAGACCUGGCUCUUGAAGGGUGCUACACAUUGUUUUGCUGGACCUUUGUGUGUUUUUACAAAUAACUAUAUUUGAUACUGUUUUCUUAAUCUUAGCACUCAAAAGAACCCUCAAGAAUGUGCCUCUAUAUAUAUAUAUAUAUAUAUAUAUAUAAUCAGUUUUAAAGUGUCUAAUAAUAAAUGGCAAUAAAGACGCAACUUCAUAGGUUUAACAGCAAUCUGAAAAUGUUGUAAUAAUUAUUAAUUCCUCAACCAAACUCAAGAAAUGUUUGUAUGAAGAAUGUGUUGAUAUUAAUCUACUGUAAUAGCUGCACAUAAAGGAAUAAAGAGCUCUAGGGCAGAAAUUGGGCUUACUUGCAAAAUAUUGCUCGUACUACGAGGAUUGCAGUUUGCAACUAUAUUUAGGGGUCCAAGCCUUACUUGGGAACUUGUUCAUCAACAUCAUCUUCUUCUUAAUAAUAAUAAUAAUAAUAAUAAUAAUAAAAAUAAUAAUAACGACAACGACGUAGCCUUGCUGUGCAUAUUCUGUCAGCCUCCUACUACCCUGUUUAUCAUUGGAAAAGGACUGCUAUAGGGUCACUGCUGAUCAUAUGUUCUUUGGGUGGUGGAUCAUCAGCUACAAUUGUAUGGCUACAAAGUGAACCUUUGUGUUAGGGUUGCCUAAAAAUUAAAAUCUCAGCAUGCAUCUGCAAUGAAGUGAGUCAUAGUCAAAAAAGACCAUCAGACACAAAUAUCUGAGCAAAUACAGACCUACACCAAAAAGAUGAAAGGCAUCUUUCAGACCACUGACAAUACUCAUAGCAAUCAGUGGCUGUUAACCACAAUUUGUGAAAAAAAGGGAAAUGUCUGAGCUUUGCUAUGUGGGUGUAGUGAUGGAAAUAUCCAUGUAUAGAUUUAAAGUCUCAGACACGACAUCUCCCAAAACAGACAUAUAAACACACGACAACGUAUGGUUAUGUUUGUGUCAGUCACCUCCUGAAUUCUCACCUG